CGUGCCGUGGCCGCACGCGGCACUCGGCAGUUUACAGCCGACCGCCGAACCGGCGGUCUCGUGGUACCUAAUUCCGGAAAAUUAUCGCGCGACGCACGCACACGCUUCGUCCCGCGAGGGUUGCGCGCAAUUCGAAGGGUUGUAAGAUACAUCAUUGUUCGUGAAGCCUUGCUCAAGAGAAUUUUUCGGUAGAUCGAUCGAUCGAGAUAUAAACUGGUCAUCGAUGAAGGAGGAGAGCGCGCGAAUCGAAGUUGGUGAUCGUUUCGUGCGUCUUGUGCAGUGCCACGUGACGCGGAGAGCUUAAGGGUGUAGGAGAAACCGCCCCUCGCACGAAGCCCUCGCCGUUUCUCAACGAUUGUUGCCAGACGGCGCCGUAGCCAAGAUCACGAUGACUAUGGACGUGAGCAAAUCCGAGACGAAUAAAAAUGGUUCGACGCAGCAGGAGUGCGCCGGUUGCGGGAAAACAAUUACGGAGAGGUACCUCCUCAAGGCUCUGGAUCUCUACUGGCACGAGGACUGCCUCAAGUGCGGAUGCUGCGACUGUAGGUUAGGAGAAGUCGGCUCUACCCUAUACACCAAAGCUAAUCUUAUCCUCUGUAAGAGGGACUACCUCAGGCUCUUCGGGAACACGGGAUGCUGCGCGGCAUGUAAUAAGCAAAUACCGGCAUUCGAGAUGGUUAUGAGGGCCAGGACGAACGUCUAUCAUCUCGACUGUUUCGCCUGUCAACAGUGCACUCAUCGGUUUUGCGUGGGCGAUCGGUUUUACUUGUGCGAGAACAAGAUUCUCUGCGAGUACGAUUACGAGGAGAGGCUAGCGUUCGCUAAUAUGGCGAUACAGUCACCCGCCUCAUUAGCAUACAUCAAAAGGCAACUCCCUCCUACACCGACGCCCCCGGGUCAGAACAUGCAUCCGGGACACAAUCCGCUCCAGGCUCAUCAAGGUCUGGGACAGUCGGUAGCUCAGCACAAUCAUGUGCCCAACGGUCAAAUGUCAGGCGGCACGCCAACGGUGAACGGGACGGCUAUAGGGGUCGGCGGACCGAGGGCGCCGGGUGACAUGAACAACAACGGUCUGUCUGGACCCGCCCUCGGACCGGUAAAGCCACCCCCGAUGUCUAUGCAGGCGCCGACCAGCUGAAACGAGGCUUCGCCGCCUCUGAAGAAGCUCAGGUGUCUCAGCGGUUAUUAAAGCCGACGCGAGAGUAGUUUCUCCUCGCUCGUGGAAUAUAAUCGAGGAUUCCAGACAGCGAGAGAUGCGGAGGAAGCAUACGUUGCGUCGUUGAGAAUGUUAGGAUGAAAAUGGUUUGGAGGGACUGAAAGAAUGAGAUGUAAUAGAACUGGGUGUAGACGGGGGAACCAAGAGGAGAGGAAAAGUCGCGGGAGGGUCGCGCGAAAGAUCGAACUCGAAGUGGAAAUCCGAGGUUUCGUGGACAAAGUGACGGGAUUGGAGAUUGGAAUCACUGUGAUCGUGAAAAAUGAACAAAUUUAACGGAAGAUAUAUUAAUACAGUAGAAUACGCGCGCGCGAGGUACGAGCUGGAGCUCGAUAUACUGUAUUUACUGAGAGAAGCACAUACACAGAUACAUACUUGUAUACACUGAAUACACGAAUACACGGACAACGCAAGCGUUCAAAUGACGUCGUAAAAUUCUCUAGAUAUCUUUCAGGCAUCCCUUGGACUUUUGUGUCGUCUGUUGAUGCAUAUACGCGUCUUGUAAAAUACGAUACGACACCCGACACACGUAAAAAUAAAUUAGAUGAUUCGUGUAAGAUAUAUUUCUAGCGAGAAGAGAUGGGAGAGAAUGUGUGAUUCUGCGCGAGUACGAAAAGUUUACGUGUGCGUGAACGACGGAGUCGCCUGUAAAUAUAUCUGUGUCGUAUCCGACUCCGCGAGUGUGUGAGAAAAGACGAAACAAUUACCGUAUACGCAGGUCCACCGAGAUGAUUCUUAUCCCGCUCGUGAUAUCGCCGUCGUCCAUCCAUAAGGACGUAGAGCGCCGAUUCAAAGGAGAGAACUUUUAGCGAAGAGGACGCGAGGGGUUCUGUAACACGUGCCAUAAUCCUGCGAUCUCCCGUUUUACGAUCGAAAGUGCGGCACCCACGAAA